UUUAUUUUUUAUGUACUUUCAGAUGUUAGUAUUACUAACGAUAAUACUGUUGCUGAUUCUAACAUGGCUAGCAGUACGUUGGCGGCGGGUGAGACGUUACUGGGCUGAUCUGGGUGUGCCUUACUUACCUCCGCAUCCUAUUUUAGGAAGCUUGACGUUCUUACAGAAACAAAAUGCUGGUCUCUGGAUGAGAGAUUUGUACGGGCGUGUGUCCACGCCCUACCUCGGGUUGUGGCUGUUCUGGCGGCCGGCACUGCUCGUCAACUCACCGGACAUCGCCCGCAGGAUUCUCGUCAAGGACUCCGCCGUCUUCAGAGACAGGUUCCUCAGCUCUGGAACUAAAGAUCCCAUCGGAGGACGGAAUUUGUUCACUGUUAAUGAUCCGACGUGGUCAGAGAUGCGGCGACGUCUCACAGUGAUGUUCACGGCGGCGCGGCUGCGGCACCUGCAGUCUUUUAUGACCCUCAAGAGUAAGCAGCUCAUGCAGCGCAUCCACAAUGAUAUGGAGAAGAACGGUCACGUGGACGUUAAAUUGAUGUACACGGACUUCUCGACCGACGUGAUCGGCACCACAUCUUUCGGAGUAGACAGCGACGCGACGCUAACAGGAAAGAGCGCCCUGCGGACAGUCACCAAGGAAUUUAUGAAGUACAGCGCACUCCGCGGCCUCGGCUGGGCCUGCAUAUUCUUCUACCCAGAAAUGGUGGAUGUCUUUGGAUUCUCGCUGUUCCCAAAGAGUACGGUGGCCUACUUCAGGAAAGUAUACCACAAAAUCAUCGCGCAGCGCGGCGGCUACAACGGUGAAAUAUCUGAGAACAAGGACCUCAUAGACUUGCUACGGAAGAUAAAACAGGACUUUGAAAAAGAAGAUAAAGACAUUCCUGAAGAUACAUUGAUUGCGCAAGCAGCGAUAUUCCUGCAAGGCGGCUUUGACACGGUGUCCUCUACGCUCUCCUUCUGUACUUACGAACUUGCAUUUCUUCCACAACUACAAGAAAAACUUUAUAAAGAAGUAUGUGAAGUUAAGAAAAGAAACGGAAACAAAGAUCUUGAUCCAAACGCACUUAAUGAAUUAACACUUAUGCAAUGUGUUAUGAAAGAAACGUUCAGAAAAUACAUGUCAAUGGGAUGGUUGGACCGAGUGGCGGCUACUGACUAUCAGGUCGACGAGAAGCUGACGAUUCCCGCGGGCACACCCGUCUACGUCAAUGGUCUGGGCCUGCACUACGACCCUAACAUAUAUCCCGAGCCCAUGCAGUUCAAUCCAGAUAGAUUCCUGCCCGAAAAUGAAAAGAAAAUACCGCCUUUUACUUAUAUACCGUUCGGCGAAGGACCAAGAAUGUGUAUAGGUCGUCGCUUCGGAGAGCAGACUUUCUUGACCGCGCUGAGUCACGUCAUUGUCAACUACAGGAUCCUGCCCACACCGAACGCUAAACUCCCCGCAGACAUUGAUAUCGAGAAGAAAGGGAUAUUUGUUUCGCCGGGAGAGAAAAUAUACACAAUGUUCAAACCUAGGAUUUAAAAUAUUGUACUCAAUGACACGUAUUUUAAAAGAAC